CCGAACUGCUUCCAACUGCGUACGGUCACUCAACCAAGUACACUCGGAAUAUUUAUUUUAUGAUGGCUGCUCGUAGCGCUCGCUGGCAUAACGCUCUCAAGCUCGCUCUGCAGAAGGAAGAAGGUAUGAAAAAUGUCUUCCAGCUCGCAACCGCCAGCGUCAAUGAUACCACUCCAUACGUCCGUAGCCAUAUCCUCAGAGACCAUAUCACCCAUCCAUCAUUUCCAUCUCUGCCCCUACUCCUCACAAGCACAGAUAUCCGUACUCCGAAGGUCACUCAGAUCAAGUCCAACCCUAGCCACCGCGUGGAAGCACACUUCUGGAUCAAAGCCACGAACGAGCAAUUUCGCGUCUCGGGCCGCGUGGCUAUCUACCCUUCACCUGGACUUACUGAUAAGAAAGGGAUCGAGGGCGUGGGGGAGGUGUAUGAUGCAUUCAGGAGUCAGGGGUGGAAUUGGGAGGACGAGCGACGGAAGCAAUUUGACAGUGUCGGUGCCCACAUGCGCGCAUCGUGGUGCCGGCCCGUUCCGGGUUCCCCCAUGGACUCUUACAGUGAUGCUGAGAAGUGGCCUGUCAAAGUCGCGAAACCUGGAGAGGAAGGAUAUGAUGCUGAGGAUUACGAGGAAGCGCUAGGAAACUUUGCGUUACUUCUGAUUGACCCCAUCGAAGUUGAUUAUGUCGAACUCGGGGUUACGCCUAACCGGAGGACGAAGUUCGUUAGACAGGAAUCGGAUGGCGAGAGGUGGAAGGAGGUGAUAUUGGUCCCAUAAUUUGGACCUGCACUGGAUCAUUCCGGACGUUGACGCAUCAGAGAUACGAUUAGAAGCAACACAUUGCAUGACUCAUUAGUGGUUUGACUUGUGCCAAUCAAUGCAUCACGAGCAACGCGGAAAGGUCGCACUGGGACUCAAGUCACCGAAUGUAGGCAGAGCUUCUCGGCCAGGUACUUCAAUGGCGGCCUUGUGCGCAGUGAAUAACUCGCACGUUCACAACGAAGUUCAAAAUAGUGCAG